AAUUACGUUUCAUUCUGCUCAGUAGCUGUUACAUGAUAAUGCAGAGAUAAUAUUGUUUACUUUGACCCCAGAGCCGACCCUACGAUAACGCAUCUCGGAAUUUCAUUUUAUUUGAACUCGGAUACGCGAAACGACAAGUCGAUUUGAAACAUGAAUGGUUGAUUUGUGUGUGACAAUAUGAAUUGGUGUGUGAUAUUGGUGUUCUUGUGCUUUGCAGGCUUGGCAUAUGGAUCAGGAAAUUCGUUGAAAGAUCCCUAUAUAUGUGGAUCACCAUCCUGCGCACCUUCGGAGAAAUUUAAAUAUCUAUCUCAGAUAAUUUACCACUACGACUAUAAAGUGAAUGUAGAAACAUAUUUCGCUGGUUCGAGCAACAAUCGUUCCACAUUGAACAUCACUGCUUCAGUACAACUGCAGUUCAUAACACCAUGCGAAGGUCUUCUACAACUGAGUGAAGUAACACUCAGUGAUCAGGACGAGGACUAUCCGGUUGAACGAGCUGAGAAAUUUGUACUAGCUGUAUCUCAAUAUGACCUCAGAUUUGCAUUCCAUGAUGGUGUCAUAUCAGAAAUCUGUCCCCAAGAACAAGAAGAGGAUUGGGUACUCAACUUCAAGAGGGCUAUACUUUCUUUACUUCAGAAUACGAUGAAAAGAUUUGAUAUCAACUUUAAAGGAGUUGAGAAAGACAUCCAUGGUACGUGUAAUGUGGAUUACGCAGUGCGCGGACAGGCGGACACCAGCCUUAUCCUGGUGAAGACCAGAGACCUGGCACAGUGCACCAACCGAUACAAGUAUAGAUCCAUUCUGCAGUCUGUCAGAUAUGAUUUUCAAAGUAAAUUUCAAACAUGGCCUGUACUGAAGUCUGAGAGUAAAUGUCGAAUCGCCGUCGACCACUACAUCUACAAAACGGUAAAUUGCAAAGAACGACAUCUCUUCGAACCGUUCUCCGGAAAGAAUUCUGGUGCGAUGACCACAGUCGUACAGGACUUGGUUUUGAAAAAUGAAGUCAAUAAGACAGAUAUUGAAAUCAUGGAAGCACAACCUAAAGGAUGGAAUAUAAUACAAAAACGUUUAAACCUUCUUCAUCAUCACUCACCACACACUAAAAUUGAAAGUGGCGAGCUGAAAUCUGCCAGAGAUGUACUCAAAUUGCUUUGCUUGUAAGUUUAUAUAUGUAUAU